UCAAUUUUUUUAUAUACAUUGGUAUAUUGUAAAAGCAACAUAAAAAUUUUGUACAUUAGAUGUUUCUAACUGUAAAUAAUAUUUUGAAGUAUUCAAUAAUCAUGAUUACUGCAAAAGAAAACGUAGACUGUGUUGCAUAAAGAACCAAUUUCUUCGCGUUCGUCUUCAGGCGAAGGCUAGCAAGAGGAUCAAGUUGGAGUGAGCGGCGUUACCUGGUUGGGUCUACGGGGUCAGGCACACACACACGGCCACCACAGAUAGCAAGAGAGUACCGUGAAGACCGCUAUUCGUCUCGUGGUACGUGGUGGGCAUCGUACGGAUCGCACGGAAUAAGGUAUACGGAGUGUGGCGCGACAGGUGCGCCGGUUCCAGCAUUCCCGCAGUCAGUUUUUGCCCGUGAGUGCGGUCUCGUUUCGGUGCAACUAUGGACUAUCUCGGGUGCCACCCCGUAAUUGUACUGACCUGAAUCCGUUCGACGAAACGUGCCCGAAAAAACCGGUGUGUUCAGUGCCUGUGUUUGUGUUUUGGUUUUUUGUUCGUGAUUUCUUUUUUUUCUUAUCUGGACGACGCACUCCGCGAUCGACUAUGCGUUGACCGUGUUUUCUUUCGAUCGACCCGUGGAUUAUGUGGAUGUGAGGUUUUGUUUUGAUCGAGAACACGGCCACAGAAGAUUGGUGGAAUGGCGGCCCAUCAGCUAAUUGCCACCCUGGUUUUUCUCGCGCUUGUCUCGAAAAUACGAGCGAUAGGAUUAUGUGAAGUAGAAAAUGGACAGUCGAAUAUAAUUUUGGAUAUUGAAGAAAGCCGAGGGUCAUCAAUUAGUCAAGAAACUACACCAGCAGAGUUACCGAUAUCAGGCGAACCAAACGUCGACAUAUUUCUGGAUCUGUCAUUUCCAAAAGGUCCACCAUUGUUCUUCCUCAAUGGAAAGAAACUGCAGUUGCUCUCACCACUUGACAGAGACGAAAACAACCUCUCUCACAUCGUGUUUCAGUUAAUAUGCACGGUUAAAUCGACGCACAAGAAAAGGACUGUACCAGUAAUUGUAAGACUGACUGAUAUUAACGACAAUGCGCCACAGUUCGUUAAUACGCCAUAUGCUACCAGUAUAUCUGAGUUGACUCCCGUGGGAACGACGAUAUUCCAGAACAUAUUAGCCAAAGAUAAGGACACGGGCGUCAACGGUUUAGUGGAGUAUUCGAUAGUAAAGGGCGACGGUUUGGACCUGUACGAUGAAGGCAUGGGCCGGGGCCGCAUCCACAGCGAGGACGGAUACGGUUAUUUCGCCAUCAAUUUGCCGCAUCAGGGUCAGGUUACGGUCAAUAGGACGUUGGAUUUCGAGAAGACCCAGCGGUACUAUGUCACCGUCGUGGCCACUGAUCGAGCACGAGAUGAAUCGCAAAGAUUAUCAUCAACAACCACUCUUGUGGUUAACAUUAAGGAUGAUGAUGAUCUUCCUCCAUCAUUCAUCUACAAAGGAUGCAUGCUACUUGAUGGAGCUUGUAUUAAUCCAGAAUAUUCUGCUUCAGUCUCUAGUGGAAUGUUGCAUGGGAUCUUGAACGUAUCUCCAGAAAAAAUCCAAGCUGUGGACAUGGACACGAUAAACUCACCGAUAAAAUAUUCGUUCGUGAGCGGAAAUCCGGACUCGUAUACCGAUUACUUCCGGAUCGACCCGGAUACCGGAGCAGUCCACCAAAUAAAAGCAGUCGACACGUCCACCACGAAAAAGUUUCACGUCAUCAUCAAGGCCCAAGAAGUUUCAGAGGCGAAAAGAUCGACAACGGCAAAGUUGGUGAUCACCGUCAAACCAGUCGAUGCUCAUCCACCAGAAAUCAAACUGUCCGCUACUGAAGGAUACGUCGAUGAAAAUUCCCCAAUUGGUGAAAAAGUGCUGGACUCCAACGGUGAUCCACUUCUUGUAACCGUUGAAGACAAAGAUUUCGGUGUUGACGAUCCAAAACCGGCCUACACCUUCGAACUAACCAGUCCCUUCUUCCUUAUCGACAAAUCCGGGCACGUUGUCAUCAAUGAAAACAAUCUGGAUCGGGAUCCUCCAAACCCAGGACAAUUUAAAUUUCAAAUCGUCGCUAGAGAAAAGAACGGAAACGCCGCGAGUGCUCCAGUUUCUCUCACAGUCAUGCUGAACGAUGUCAACGAUAACGCCCCAAUUUUGCCGAUAAUUGCACCAGUUUCUGUUCCUGCGGGAGAGGUGAAACGGAAAGUAAUGACCAUUAAAGCAACAGACAAUGAUGAAGGCGAUAAUGCUAUAAUUAAAUACUCAAUCUACCACGUUUCUAACAACGGCAAUAACAAAUUUACUAUUAAUCCUGUAACUGGACUUUUGGAAACUGUUGGGAAGCUGAAUGCAGGAGACCAAUACAGUUUGACAGUACAAGCGACAGAUAAAGGAGGGUUAUACAGUCAGGCGAUUGUAGAAGUUACUAUCAGUCCAGGACCUAAUACACAAGCACCCAUUUUUGAACAAUCAAUUUAUGACAUUGAAGUCAGCGAAGGAGCGACCAUUAACUCGACCGUUGCUACCAUAACUGCUGUUGAUCCCGAGGAUGAUCCCGUGUCGUAUUCAAUCGUAUCAGGGAACGAUCUGCGACAGUUCGCCAUCGGCACCAAAACUGGAAUCAUUACAGUUAUCAGAAAACUGGACAGAGAAGACUUGACCAGAUACCAGCUGAUCAUCAAGGCGGAGGAUACGGGCAAGCUAUCGUCCACGGCGACCAUAAACAUCAAGGUGACCGACAUCAACGACAAGAACCCGGAGUUCGUGGGCGAUCCGUACCACUUUUCUGUGAAGGAGGGACUGAACAGGACAUCGGUCGGCUUUGUGCAUGCAACCGAUGCAGACGAAGGAAUCAAUGCUCUGGUUUCGUAUUUUAUUCCGUCCGACUUGCCCUUUGACAUCGAUAACGAGACUGGAGAGAUUACCACUAAUCGACCGUUGGAUUAUGAAACACAAAAGGAUUAUAGUUUUGUUGUGACUGCAAAAGACGGAGCUCCAGAUCCGAGAAUUGCAACUGCCACUGUCUCUGUUGCUGUAAUUGACGUGGAAGAUGAAGUGCCUGUGUUCAACAAACUUGAAUAUGAAGCGUCUGUUCCAGAAAACAUGCCGGAAUUUUUUGUAACAGAUGUAACUGCAAUAGACCCAGACACGGUUAAGAAGAUAACAUAUGUUAUUCAUCAAGGCCCAACAGAUUUGUUUAGAAUUGACGAAAACACCGGUUCUAUCUUUACAACCAGAGGUUUGGAUUAUGAGAAGGAAAGUCAACAUGUCCUCAUCAUUGGUACUCUUGAGAACAUGUCCAGUAAAGAAGGUAGUACAACAAAAGUAAUAGUCAAUGUUGAGGAUCGUAACGACAUUCCUCCUGUGUUUACAAUAAUUCCUCAUCCAAUAACUUUGGAAGAUGACGCCGCCAUUGGAAGUACAGUUACUACUUUGGUGGCCACUGAUUCUGACGGAACUGCUCCGGGAAACAAAGUGAGGUAUGAAAUUAUUGGACGCGGAAAGGCUUCCAAGUAUUUCCAAAUCGACCCGGACACCGGAGUUCUUCGAGUGACUAACGAUUUAAAGAAGGAAAUUGACACAGAAUACCAGGUUGACGUAAGAGCGUAUGACUUGGGAGAACCGCAACUGUCUUCCGUCAUUACAGUCGACGUUUAUAUCCAACACGUUGCCACCGUCGCUCCGGAAGUCGGGCUCCGUUUCGCCGACACUUCGUACAAUUUACAGGUGCUGGAGAACGCGACAGUUGGACACAAAGUCAAGACGUUGACCAUUGUCAACAGCAGAACGCACGGAACUAAUAUACCAUUGAAGUGUCAAGUAGUUUCUGGAAAUAAAGAAGGUUUAUUCUUCAUUAACGUGACAGAGGAGAGGAACUGCGCAAUUUAUCUAAAUGGCUCCUUGGAUUAUGAAACUCAGGAAUCCUACGAGAUGGAGGUGCAGAUCAUGUCACUUCAAGGAUUCAUCAACAAAGAAUUUAGUAUAGCGCAAAUAACCAUAAAUGUGGUAGACAUAAACGAUAAUAAACCGUACUUUAUAUAUCCUUCCGGUACCACCUCGAAAAAAUACUACGCCGCGAUAACAGCGAACUCGGCUCUUCAAACUACAGUUACCCAAGUCAAAGCGGACGAUAAGGAUAGUGGAAAAUAUGGAAAAAUUAAGUUUUCUUUACACGGCAAUAACAGCAAAGAAUUCUUCGAUAUAGAUGCUUCCACAGGUGUAAUUCGCACGAAAAAGUCAUUUAUGGACAUUGAUGACAACAGUUUACCAUUCCAGUUAAGUGUUGGUGCGCGUGAUAAUCCGAACGCCUCUAGUGACUUUUUCGAGAUCGAAACUCCGGUGAUUGUGAAUUUGAUUUCCUCGGAAAAUCGAUUGAUUUUAGUGAUUGGCGAUGCCAAACCAGAUGUUGUUCAAACCAAGUUGGACACUAUUACGCAUGUCAUCCAGGAGCAGACCGGUUUUAUUGUGGGUGUGGAAAAGCUCGCAGUUAUGGAGUUUAUCGGCGGCAACGGUACUUUAGAGAAGGAUCCGUCAGGCACCGAUGUUUGGUUCUAUGUUAUCGAUCCUGAAACCGACACGAUAUUGCCCAGGAAUAGUUCUUUGAUAAAAAGGUCGAUAUUGGAGAAAACGGCGAUGGACAACAUAACGUUCGACGUGACGGGCCAGAUAAAAAACACCGCCUUCAAUAUCCACGAGCCAAUUGUUUUGCACAGGGUGAAGACGGCGUCCAUCGCAUCUUUUAAUGGCGAAGUAUUUCCAUAUGCUCUGAUCAUAAUUGCCUGUAUUAUCUUUGUACUGGGUAUCGUUGGAAUUAUCUACAUAUGCGUGUCGUGGUCAAGAUAUAAAUCCUAUAAGGAUCAAAUGCAACGACAAUAUGUAGUUCCAUCGAGUCCAUCGAGAUAUGACACAGUGUAUGUGGAACCAAAUUUAAAGGAGUACGAGACGCAAGUGCUUCAAAUGUGCGUUCCCGUUGACGAUCCUGAAGAUUUUAAUGAUUUGCACUUGGACUUCAGCAAUAAAAACCACGCGUUUAGUCUGGAUAAUGUUAGUUACAUUAGUAAAGAUAAUAAUCUUAAAAAAUACGGACAAUCGAGUCCAGUUAGUAGUGAAUCAGCUACGACAGCUCGAGCUUCAAGUGUUGGAGAUGGCCAUAUUUUAAAAAAUAAUGACCAUUUAAGGAGGGACCAUAUGUAUAAUAGCUAUAAUACUACAAUGUUUUGAGAUUCAGGGAUAUAAUUCAGGUCUUCUGAUGAAGAGGAAAUGAAUGCCAGUCCAACGAAUGACAACGUGAUGUUUAAAGAAAAAAAAGACUACUUACACUUAGGAUACUCGUAUGGUGACCACUCCCCAGUGGAAACAACGACAGAAUUGUAGAUAUUUCUUACAUUGUUUUGUAUAGUCAUAAUUAUAACUGAUUAAUUUAUAUUGUAAUUAAGUUAGAAUAAAGGUUGUAGGUACAUAA